GCCCGCCCCGGCGCGGCGGUUCCGGCAACGCGGCGUUCCGCCGGCUGCCGUGACCUGGCCGCGGGUCCUCGGCUCUCUGAGGGUCGCACGGCGCCGCCGCCAAAGUCCAGCCCGGGCCUGGGCUCGGUGCCGCAGCCCCGGGGUGCGCCGCGUCCUGCUGGGCCGGCGGGGCUGGCACGAGGGCUCCCGGUGAGCUGCCGGCGGAGGCGGCCGGGGCAAGCGAGCCCCGUCGCAGGCACGGAUGAGCUCCCUCGGGUGCUCGGGAGUCACGCGCUGGGCUGGAUCCAUGGCUAACAGAUGAGCCCUCUGCAGAGGGAAGGAACGCUCUCUGCUCCCAGGUCAGGGAAACAUGUCCCGUCGGAAACAGACCACUCCUAACAAAGUUCACUUGAACAUUGCUUUUUUAUCUGCAAUACAAGUGAUUGUAUCUCCAGUCCUGGUUUUGGAGGAAGCUGUCUGACAAACACGCUACCAGGGGGCAGGAGGUUAUAGCAUCAGGUGUGUCACGGAGUGGAGUUCUGGGACCUGUUCAUCUCCUUUACAUGCAGUCCGUUGCUACAGAGCAACUAUUCAGCAGGAGCCAUCGAGAGCAGCAAGUAGGACCACAAGAAAAUAAGGGGACCGAGAGAUACCAGAAACUUGUCAAUGGUGAUGUCUUCACCUUGGGAUGGAAAAUCUUGUCUGUCUUAUGAUGAACACCACGAAAUCGUUGGGACUUCUCUGUCUACCUAGCCUGCUGUGUGUCUGGAGGGCCCAGAAAUGCCGUGCAGUGCCCUGACGAGGAUAAUCGGAGAAAACAACGGCUCCAAGAACGGGGUGAGCCAGCAGAAUGAGGAGGCAGGCUGAGACAUAGCAGACACGUUACUGGGACUUCUUCACAGGGACUGCAGUGGUUGGGAGGAGAGGAAUGAAAGGGACAGCAGGUCUCUUCAUUUCACCCACCUUUCUCUUUCUCUUGCAAUGCUUUUUUGGUCUAUGGACUUUUAUCCUGGUGAUUUGUGGGUUUCUGCUUCUUGGAGAGGCACUGGAAUUCUGUGGUGUCUGCUGCUUGUACAGUCUGUAUCUCAGUCCCACCAAUGUGAGGCUGUGGUCCCGAUAUAAAAACAGCACUCCAGGUCAUGAAAACCAUUCAGUGCUGGAAUGGCUUCUGAAGAGGUGUCACAGCGGUCAUGAUGGUCCCUGCUGCUUUCAAUGACAGAGACUUGGUGCUCCUCAGCACCUCUCCUCAGGCACAUGGAUUGUGCUCUCAAAUCUUCUCUACAGCACUUUCUCACAUUUCUGAAAGAGAAUGAUAAAAGCCUUCAAAUGCUUUCGGAAACCUACAUGGGGACAUUGGGAACUAAAACUCUUCUCCCACAGUCUCAGUGAAACUUCUGAAGGUCUUUGAAAUCUUCCAUAAAUCACAGCUUUUUAAAGCCCUGUCAGAAUUGCAAGGUGAGCUCCAAGGAAGGCAGUGUGAGUGGGAACAUGGAGCAGCACUGGCUGGAACAGUUCAGCACGUGGGAAUGUACCUGUCCUUGUAACAGGACUGGUGCUCUCUCUCAGGAGUUCAAUUUCCUGGUUAUACUGGUGCCAGCUGUGGCCCUGUACUAAAAGGUAACUUUGUCUUCUGGAAGCUAUGUUUUGAUUUUAUGUGAAAAAUGCACUGCGUUUUCCCUGGCAUUUUCACAUUUGUGCUUUGAAUGGUUCUUGAGCACUUACAAAUCAGUUGAUAAAUGCAACCCAAAAGCCAGCCUGCUGGGAACUUCAGCACCUUUCCCAAGCCUCCCAGCUCAUCCACUGGAAAAGGGGAGCAAGUCUUUGCAGGGCUGGAGGAGCAAGCCCGCCAAGCCAUGAUGAAAAAUAACUUUCCUGGAACUCUUGGAGACCAAAGGCCAACAAUUCAUCCACUGCAAGACCCUGACUCCAGCAGCAGUGGCAGCGAUGAUGAGGAAACCACUCAGGAUGAAGUUUCUUCCCAUACAUCUGAGGAAGAUGGCUCAAUGGUGAAAGUGAAGAAGGAAUUAGAAAAUGCAGAACAACCUGUGGCUGGAACCCCGUUGAUAAAAGAAAAUGAGGUGCCUGAGAGUGGCAACGCUGAGCCCACACUGGGCCUGUCACAAUGCCCCCUCUGCCAGCUCGAGUGUGGAAGCAGAGAUCAACUCAUCACACACGUCUACCAGCACACUGGAGCGGUGGUGAGUGCCAAGAGCUACCUGUGUCCUGUGUGUGGCAGAGCCCUCAGCUCCCCAGGAUCCCUUGGGAGACAUCUCCUGAUCCACUCAGAGGACCAGCUGUCCAACUGUGCAGUUUGUGGAGCACGCUUCACCAGCCACGCCACCUUCAACAGUGAGAAGCUGCCCGAGGUGCUCAGUGCGAAUCGGCUGCCAGCACCACAGAGCCAGGGUGCCUCCAGCGCGGAGGGCAAGGAUGUUGCCUUCUGCACGCCCGUGUAUCCUGUGGGCAUCCUGCUGGUGUGCAACAACUGCGCCGCGUACCGCAAGCUGCUGGAGGCACAGAGCCCCGGCGUGCGCAAGUGGGCCCUGCGGCGCCAGAACGAGCCCCUGGAGGUGCGGCUGCAGCGCCUGGAGCGGGAGCGCACGGCCAAGAAGAGCCGGCGGGACAAUGAGACGCCCGAGGAGCGCGAGGUGAGGCGCAUGCGGGAUCGGGAAGCCAAGCGGCUGCAGCGCAUGCAGGAGACAGAUGAGCAGCGGGCACGGCGGCUGCAGAGGGACCGGGAGGCCAUGCGCCUGAAACGCGCCAACGAGACCCCCGAGAAGCGGCAAGCCCGGCUCAUCCGCGAGCGUGAAGCCAAGAGGCUCAAGCGGCGCCUGGAGAAAAUGGAUAUGAUGCUCCGGGCACAGUUUGGCCAGGACCCCUCUGCCAUGGCCGCUCUGGCAGCUGAGAUGAACUUCUUUCAGCUGCCAGUGAGCAAUGUGGAGCUGGAGAGCCAGCUGCUGGGCAAGAUGACCUUUGAGGAGCAGAGCAACAGCGCGUUGCACUAAACCACAGCCAGGAACUGUGCUGCCUUUGCUGCACCUGCCACAUGUGCACUAGCGGGCUUCUGCACUCAGGAGGCUGCUGUGGGUCCCUGCCCGACCCUCCCUGACAGGUGGUUCUGGUUUUCCUCUGAACCCAGGAGGAGAACAGAGCUGAGAGAUGCCUGCCAAAGCAGCUCUGGUGGGAGCAGAUUCUGAGGAUAGAGUCUGCUCUGGGGGCCAAGUCACAGCCUGUGACAGAACGAAAAUAAAUUAAUGUAUUAAUUAACAUUAA